AUGUCAAGAGAUUUUCGUCCAGGAGCUAAAUGUGAAUAUACAGUACAAGUUCAAUUACGGUUUUUUUGGGCGGGUAGGUUUUGUUUUGUUUUAUUUGUGUGUGUUGUUGUAGGGGAUUUUCUGUGUUUUCAGACAGCAAGAUGUCAAAAGAAAAGUGUCUGUGAUCGUCCAUUAACCAUUUCUGAUCUGUUAGAGUUUAAGGCAUCAAAGCCUAAUAAUAUUCUUGUAUCGUGGUCUUCUGAAGACGGGGUGGGAUAUUGUUUAGCUGUAUUUCUUGUACGUCGAUUGACAUCUGAUAUUUUAUUACAAAGAUUAAAACAGUUUGGUAACAGACAUCCAGAUCAUACACGAGCAUUAAUCAAGGAAAAGUUAGUUCACGAUCCAGACAGUGAAAUUGCUACAACUAGUCUCAGGGUAUCACUCAUGUGUCCACUUGGUAAAAUGAGAUUACAGAUUCCAUGUAGAGCUAGUACGUGUACACAUCUACAAUGUUAUGAUGCUAAUACGUUUUUAAUGAUGAAUGAGAAGAAGUCAACAUGGAUUUGUCCAGUUUGUGAUAAAGCAGCCUCUUUUGAUAAGCUAAUCAUUGAUGGUUACUUCUUGGAGAUUUUUCGUGCAUCUCCUGAAUGUUCUGAAAUCCAAUUUCAUCCUGAUGGCAAUUGGAGUCCAUUGGAACAACCAAAAGAAACACAUAUUAUAUCUAGUCCUGUUGUUAAAGUAACAACUAAACCCGAACCAUCAUCUACUUCAGCUAUAGAAGUUAAAAAUGAGCCUGAUGUUAUAGAUCUGACAUUAGAUAGUUCAGAUGAAGAGGAAGUAGAAGAAGAAGUAGUAGCUCCUAAAUCAGUUUCAGAUAAAGGACCACAAUCGUUUGACACAACAGCUUGUCCAAUAAUUAUUAAUGAUUCCAUCAACGCACUUGACCUCUCACCGUCUGGAAGUUUAGGAAUUUCUCCAUAUCCAGUUAACUUCCAAGAUAUUACCUGCACUCUACCUCAGUUUGACAGAAUGCAAGAAAAUUACACAGUCCCAAAUGGAAGGAGUGGGAUGGAAAGUAUUUCACCCCCAAGUAAUUACUCAACAACAGUAACUGGAAUGUUUUCUAACCAAGUCUAUCCAGAGGAUUUGAGAAUGAUUCCACCCCUGCAAAAGUCACCAGUACAGAACAUCAACCCUUCAAAAGCAUGGAAUCUACCAGAGCCACCCCCUCUCAUUCCCAUAGAAACAAGAAGCACUGAUUACAUUACACCCACCUUACCUAACUCAAUCUCAUUACCAAAUUUUCUGGACGAUCCAGAGUUCUUCUCAAUUAUGAACAAUGAAAGUGGGCAGAUGGUUAUGUUAAAUUAAAUUUAAAAAAAAAAAAGAUGUCUAACAUAGUUCUCAGGUUAAAGUUAUUUGUGUACUAUAAUAUGUAUAUAAUGUAAAUAUUGGUGGAUGAAAGAAGGCUGUGGUGAUGGUUAGAUGACUGUUCCCAGUGCUGUUACAGAACCCUUAGUCAAAAUCAUACAUAGUGUGAAUGCUAUUAAGAGAAUUUAUUUAUAUAUACAUGUCCAUGUCAAGUCUUUCAUUUGGUGAAUUAGCCAUUGUUUGGCCAUUGACACAGCUGGAGUGGCAGCUAUGAUUCCAGAUGCCAAAAAAUCAGAAUAAAUGCAAUAGCUUUCAACGUUGUUUUAAAUAAAAAAUUUAAACAUACCAGAACAGAAUCUUCGAGUGGUGCAACACCUAGAAGCUCAGUUGCAGGGCUGGGCCAAUUCUCAAUCAAAAUGUUUUCUUUCUAACAAUCUUAUGAUUAAAAUGUAUUUAUUUUAUAUUAUGUGUAAACUUUUGUUAAUAUGUAAUUAUAUGUUGCCAUGUUAAUUAAGAUAAUGCCGUUGCCAUGCAAAAGACAAACUAAUAUUGUCAUAAAAACCAGAAACUGGAAUAAUUUAAAGUAGUCUAGAGGAUUUAGGCAAAGGAUUUGAGUCAAUAACUGUUGACCUGUAUGGAUCAUCUUUUUGUUAGUGGUUUUUAUUUUAUUAAAAAUAAUUCCAUAUUGAAUGUGAGAAAAGGGACAUUUGAAAAUAAAAUUUGAUGUUAUGUAUAGUCUUGCACUAAUCGGUGUAAAUCUAGAUUUCUUAUAGUGCUAAUUUGUUUCUGGUUGAAUUCCAUGUUAUAUAUUUAAGAACAAUUAAUUAAAUGAAUAGUAAGGCUUAUCCAUGUACAAAUGUUUAGUUGCGGCUAGACAGCAACCGAUAAUACAAUUUAUUUUCGAUGAAAAUAGCACCCACAUGCUUACCCAUACAGGUGAAAACCAUCAAUUGUUCUGUUUUGUCCCAUGAAGGUUGGAGGUGUUUUCUUCAAUUAAAAUCAAUCACCCUAUCAUGACUUCCAUACAUUGUAACAUGACAUUCGUUAAAACAAUCUAUUCGACAUGUAUAUUUUGCAAUAAUAAAAGAAUAUUAUUUAAAAUGAAAUAAAUGAGUAAGUGUUUAUAAAAUUGAUCUCACAUGUAA